AUGGCUCCAAUAGCUCUUAUUCCAUUUCAAAAAGGAGAAAAAGAAAAACACAAAAUAGCUGUUGGUGAUUUGAUUCCUGAUGGCACUCUUUCUUACUUUGACGACGACCAAGAUCAGAUGCAAAAUGUCUAUUCAUUCUUUGGCAUCGGCCUUAAACAUGUACCAACUUUCUUGGAAAAAUCAGAAGAGCUAAAAUCAAAAGGGGUGGAGGAGAUUUUGUUAAUUAGUGUGAAUGACCCUUUCGUGAUGAAGGAAUGGCGAAAGUCAUAUGGAGAUGCAAAGAAUGUGAAAUUUCUCGCUGAUGGAUCUGCGUCAUACACUCGUGCGCUUGGUCUUGAGCUUGAUCUCUCUAACAAAGGAUUAGGAGUUCGUUCGAGGAGGUUUGCUAUGUUGGUUGAUAACCUCAAAGUGGUGGCAGCAAACAUUGAGGAAGGAGGAGAAUUCACCAUUUCUGGUGCUGAUGAAAUCCUUAAGGCAUUGUAA